AUGUAUCUUUUAAUAGUCGUCGCCGCUACGAUCGCCGCCGCAGGACCUCUGGUGAAUGCUCAUGGUGCAGGGCUCCCAAAGAUCGUUGGACUUGACCCAGCAGACGUGAAAAGCAGAGACCUGCUUCUCGCUCUUGAAGAACGCUUUUCACGAUUGGAUCAUGCUCAGAGCGAACCUGCUUUGGCUACUCGCACAAGUGCCCCCGAGUGUGGACCGGGUGUCGGUUCCUGCCCUGCUGGCGAGUGCUGCUCAAGAGCCUUUUUCUGUGGAACGUCUAAAGACCACUGCUAUUCACCUGGUUGCAACUACAAGUAUGGUCCGGGCUGUGCAGAAAACCAAGCUCCUGCCGGUACAAACACAUCUUCCAUCUCGCGCGACAAGCUUGGAUCGAUCCCAUAUGGUGGCAACGGCACAUUCAGAUGUACCAAACCAGGAACAGUUGCGAUCACCUACGAUGACGGUCCUCAAAAGGACUUCACCGAGCACAUUCUCGACCAGUUUAAGAGCUAUGGCGCGAAGGCCACCUUCUUCGUGACGGGUAAUAACAUCAACAAGGGUCAAAUAGACGUCGAGUAUGCCGAUGUCAUCAAGCGCAUGAGCGCCGAAGGCCACCAGAUAGCAUCGCACACUUGGACACAUCUGGACUUGAGCGAAAUCUCCUCGGAGGACCGCAAGAACCAAAUCAUCAUGAACGAAAUGGCCAUCCGCAACAUCCUUGGCAAGAUCCCAACCUAUCUCCGCCCUCCUUACAGUAGCUGCACUGAGAUUUCUGGCUGCCAAAAGGAUGUCGCAGACCUGGGAUACCACAUCACUAACUUCAACGUUGAUACCGAUGACUACAACCUGAACACCGCCGAAGAUAUUCAGAUCGCCAAGGACAACUUCCAUGGAAACAUCACCAGUAAGGGAGCAACUGCCAAAGACCAUCAAUGGCUUGCUAUCGGACACGACAUUCUAGAACAGACGGCGAAUAACUUGACUGGAUUCAUGUUGGAGACAAUCACUAAGCUGGGUUACAAGGCUGUCACUGUUGGAGAGUGUCUCGAGGAUCCAGAGGAGAACUGGUACCGUGCUGCAGACGGCGCUGGGAUUAGUCCAGAUAACGAGACUAAUCCAAUUAGUUCCGACAGUGGAAGCAAUACUACUUCGCCCAGUGCUACUCCAGCUGCUAGCGCUACCGGUGCUGGAAGCGCGACUCAGUCAUACUCUAUUGCUACUAUUGCUCUUGCCUUUACCAUGGCGUCUGUAUACGUGCUCUAA